AAAAGAUCCUGGAGACCUGGCGUUGGCGAUGGACGUCUUAGAGGCAUCUUGCGAAUACCAAAACCAAAUCGGAUCAGGCGUUCUUGAACGAAAAUCUGUACGUACCAAAGCAGAAAAAAAACCGGGAUUGGACGAGUCUCGUGGUACGUCUAUAGAAACGCAAUACAUCAAAACUGCUGAACACAGCGGCGCUGCGGUGGAGACAACGUCGAGCACUUCACCCUCUGCAGAUAACCCAACGCAUGACGAUAUUGGAUUUGCCAUCGUCUCUUCGGAUUUGGAUUUUGUGCCCUUAUACAGACGCAUCAUGGGAAAGUCGCAAGCUUGCAUCGUGCUUGCUGAGAGUGCGCGGCUCGGACAGCGCAACAUCGACGAACUGAGCACCGUCUGUACGGAAGUGCUCAACUUCUGCAGAAACGGAAAGACCUCCUCCCCAGAAAACUGGAAUGUUUCCCUAUCGCUAUCGGUAUCUGAAGGAACAACCAAGAAUCUGGGCGCUAAUGCGGCCGCAGGCACCGGAGGUAGUCCGCUACUUGGAAGAGAGACUACUAGUUGCACAAACUACGGGAGCACAGACCUCCGAGUUCAACCCAAUAUCAAGCAGGGUAAUGAAAGUACAAAUGACGCCGCUAAUCUACGUCGAAGCAAGUACCCGCAUCUGCCGGCUGGAGUUUCUGUUAGCUUGCUGGAGCAGGGUGGAAACCAAAGGGAGGAAGCCACCGAUGGCGCAACUGGUCAUGGGACUAGCAGUGGUCUUGCGGACGAUCGUAGAUGGCUGGCUGCUGUAGUUGACGACUUUAGACUCUUGCCUCCAAUAAGUACAAACGAGGCUGAGGUAACGACUGAGCCCGGCAACAGUGCUGUAGCGGUUUCAGAAGAAAGUGCCGAAAUCGAACAUGCGAGAGCAGUGGGGCGCGUGCUGCUUCGAUUCGGCUACUUACUAGCGCAUCGGCGCUCUGAUUUCGGGCGGGAGCCGACAGUUGAUGUGACACCCAAUGGUAUGGCUCUGUUUUUGCAGAACCACGGCGUAGCGAAU